CCCGUUCAGCCUCCCCUGGGUUCAGGAUGUUUGUCUGGCUCUGCGUGUUUCUCUGCGCCUGGGGCACCGGCGGCUCGGCUCGGGCCCCCGGCGGACUGCUGCUGGGCGGGCCGCGCCGGGUCCCGGUGGACGGAGCUCCGGUCGUGUCCGCCGCUCGGUUCGCUGUGGCUCAGUUCAACAAAGUCAACGAGGAGGAGCGGUUCGCCUACAAACUCAUGAACAUAACAUCCGCCAAAAUGCAGGUGGUCGCGGGAGUGAACUACUUCCUGGACGCGCUGCUGGGGCGCACGGUGUGCGGCAGGAGGAGCGCGGCUGACGCACAGCGGUGUGCUCUCCAUCCUGAACCCAAGGAGUGCCAGUGCCUCUUCGUCGUUACUGACAUCCCCUGGGAACAUUCUCGUGUACUCACUCAAAAUAAGUGUCACCUGAAUAAAAAGUAAUAUCAUGUUGUGUUUGCCACCGCUGCUGCUG